AUGAGCUCGAGCGGGGGAGAUGCGAAGCUGUUCGCAAGAGGCAAGGUCAGCGAGCUCCGCAUGGAGCUGCAGGGCGGUGGCAAGAAGGAUAAGAACCACUCUGCGAAGAAGAUUACGCUGAAGAAGAUAGUCGCCAAUAUGACCAUGAGCAAUAAUGAUAUGAUUGGCCUCUUCCCGGACGUUAUCGGUUGUAUGACGAUACCGAGCUUGGAGAUAAAGAAAAUGUGCUUCCUAUUCCUCGUUAACUAUUCCCGGACAAAGCCAGAGGUCGCGUUGAAGGCGUUGCCAUUGCUUCUCGCAGAUAUGAAUGAUGGUAACCCUUUAAUUCGAGCACUGGCCCUACGCACGAUAUCAUACAUCCAUGUGAGAGAUUUUGUCGAAGCAACAGUCCAACCAUUGAAACACUUAAUGUCCGAUGCAGAUCCCUAUGUGCGCAAAACAGCUGCUUUUGCAGUCGCCAAGCUAUACGACCACGACAGAAGGCUGGUUGAGUCGUCCGACCUGAUUGAGCGAUUGAAUAAUAUGCUUCAGGAUGAGAACCCAACGGUUGUGUCAAGUGCUUUGGCUGCUUUGGUAGACGUCUGGGAGCGUAGUGAAUCUAUCACUUUGACCAUUGACUAUACCAAUGCCUCCAAGAUUAUUUCCAUUCUGCCGGAUUGCUCCGAGUAUGUUCACUAUACAUACAUAUAUUGCUCUACUUGA